CAACCCUUCGAGAGAGAGAGAGAAAAAAAAAAAUAGAAAAAAAAUUGAGGGGAAAAAAAUCGGUGAAUCCAAGGGGUUUGGGCGGAUUUGGACGAAGUUUCCGAACUGUCCCGGCCCGGAGUAGCCCUGGGGGUUGAAAGGGAAUCAUCAGCACCGAAAUAAUGGAAGAUUCCCAUUUCAACUCAUCAUACUUUUGGUCUCCCGUUCCAACAGUGCAAGGACAGAUUGAGAACGCCAUGUUUCUGAAUAAGAUGAAAGAACAGCUGGGUCCGGAGAAGAGCGCCUCUUUUCCGCACUCGUCCACAGCGCACUACCCUACGGCGGUGCUGACGGUGCCGACGGUGCCAGGCACGGUUACCAUGGACGCAGGAGCUAUCGGGAGGGUGCCCAAACAAGAGGGUGGAGGAGGUGGUGCAUCAGGGGUGCAAAUGGGUGGCGUGGGAGCACACCUGCACCCGCCUCACACGUCCCAGAACAUCACGGUGCUGCCCGUACAGUCUACUGGCAUCAUGACGGCAGCGGGGUUGGUGAUCACAACUCCUCAGGGCACUCUGGUCACUCCUCCCACCUCCUCUCAGUCUUUUGUUUCUGGCCCACCCACAACGACCAUGAUUGUGUCUGCGCUACACUCAUCCACCACAGAAGAUGGUUGGCCCCCCUCCCUCUAUCUUCACAGCCACAACAAGAAAGACGAUGGCAGUAUUCCACCAGCUGUAGUCAUGCCAGCACCCUCGAAGCGUGGCAGAAAGAAGAAGUCCAUGAUGCCAAGGGUCGGCCCCAUUUCAACCCACACACUUGCCACAGGAAGUGAUGCGCUGAUUCUUGCGCACCUGGCUGCUGGGGGACAGCACAACACAAGUGACCCCUAUGACCUCUCCAACGAUGAGGAUGAUCAUCCAGGCAAAGAUGGGAACAAGUCCUACAGGUGCCGGAUGUGUGCGGUGACUUUCUUCAGUAAAUCAGACAUGCAGAUUCACGCCAAGUCACACACAGAAGCGAAACCGCAUAAAUGUCCGCACUGUUCCAAAUCCUUUGCCAACUCCAGCUAUCUGGCGCAGCACAUCCGCAUCCACAGCGGGGCUAAACCCUACACCUGCUCCUACUGCCAAAAAACCUUCAGACAGCUCAGCCACUUACAACAGCAUACACGAAACCACACAGAGGGCAAACCGCACAAGUGUCCUCACUGUUCCAAAUCGUUUGCCAACUCCAGCUACCUGUCCCAGCACAUCCGCAUCCACAGUGGGGCCAAACCCUACACCUGCUCCUACUGCCAGAAAACCUUCAGGCAGCUCAGUCACUUACAGCAGCACAACAGGAUCCAUACUGGUGAUAGGCCGUACAAGUGUGUCCAUCCUGGCUGUGAGAAAGCUUUCACCCAACUUUCCAACCUCCAGUCUCAUCGGAGACAGCACAACAAGGACAAGCCAUACAAAUGUCACAAUUGUAACCGUGGUUACACAGAUGCGACUAGCUUGGAGGUUCACUUGUCUACACACACCGUGAAACAUGCCAAACUCUACUCGUGUGGCCUCUGCAAUCGUGCAUACACAUCUGAGACGUACCUGAUGAAACACAUGCGAAAACACAACCCUGACCCUCUGACGGUAGCAGCUGCAGUGGCUGCUCAGCAAGCCCAGCAGGGCCAGAACCCGGCUCAGCCCUCGGGCAGGGGUCGUGGGCGAGGUAGGGGUGCUGGAGCUGUGGCUGCAGGUGCCGGAACAGCGUCUCAAGCACAGAACCAGCCCAAUCCCACGGCACCAACCAGUUAUUCUGUUACAGAGGGAUUGCCCUGCCCUUUCGACCUGCAUCAGUACAAGACCGUUUCUGCUGGAGAGAUCCAGUACAAGCCUGUCAGUGUGGCCGACUUGGUGUCCCACAAAGAUCUCUGCCUCACUGUUUCAACGUCGGCCAUCCAGGUGGAGCACAUGAACUCGUAGAGGAAUGAAGACAUGGACCUUCUCCGAGAGAAGACAUGGACCAUGAAUUGGGAAGGAAAUAAAAACACUGCCUUUGGACAAAAGAGAAAUUCCAAAUCCAGACGGGCAGUUUGAAGGCGAGGGCAGGUUUACUGAUGGAGAGGAAAAGGGCUUGCAGGAAAAGCAGCACAUGAACAGUACAAAUUGUCUUUCUUAAGGCUUGCUCUGCAGUGUCACAGAAAAGGCUUUAAGGUGUCAUGAUGGCUUAAUUAAUUUAGUGAUCAUUUAUAUACUAGUAAUGUCCAGCCCCGAUUUUCUUUUUUUUUUUUUUGCCACUAUAGAGGGAUGUGCUGCAUAGUAAGAACCAUGGGUUACCACAAUAACAGUGUAACUAUAAGAGGAAUAAUUCACCCAAAUAUGAUAAUUCAUCAUUUAAUUAACCUUUCUGUCAUCUCUAACUUGUAUGACUUUCUUCACAAACUAAGAUAUUUUAAUGGAGACAUGAUGUCUGUUUGUCCAUACAAUGAGUGAAGCUCCAAAAAGGACAUAAAGGCUGCAUAAAAGUGAUCCAUAAGACUCCCGUGGUUUAAUCCAUGUCUUCUAAAGCAACACAAACGAGUUUAGGUGAGAACAGACCAAAAUGUAACUCCUUUUUCACUAUAAAUCUUGACAUCCUUGGCGAUCAUGAUUUCAAGCUCGAUUACACUUUCUAGCACUGUGCGUACAUCAAGAACUAGGAUGUGUAAUCGAGCUUGAAAUCAUGAUCGUGCCUAGAGACUGCAACAGCAAGGUGUACAGUGAAAAUGAGUUACAUUUUGGUAUGUUGGUGAGACUAAGCUAUAAACUUUUGAGUUCAUUUUCUUACAGUGAAUGUGCAAGAUUUAAUAACAAAGCAAACCUUUUUAAACAGGUAAUUAAGGUUACUUUUCCAGUUAACAGAGUAGCACAUGCUUUUAUCAAGUUGUGAAAACCAGCUUCCACUUAUUUCACAUUCAGACUGGACACAUUUAGACUGCAGAGUUCCUCUUUCUUCCCGUUUACAAAAUUGCUACUAGUUUAUGUUCCCUGGAGUAUUCCAGAGCCUCGAAAGGUGCUUGCAUACCUGCAUAGCAUUGUAGCAUUUUACCAGUACGAGUCAUGAUUUCAACUUUUUAUAGUUGCGAUGCAUGAAAAAGCUUUCUAGUUUACCAUUUUCAAAAUCCUACCACACCUGUAAGCUGUUAUGAAGUUUUAAUGCCUUGAUGACACUGCUUUGCUUGCCUCCUGAUUGACAUUUUAAGUAAAAGUGCAACUGGUUUGUCACUACCGGCCGAGAGACUUGUUGGAAAUUGGAAAGAGGUGGCUAAGUUAUAGACUGCACUAAAGUGGUGGAUAAAAAAAGCAAAAGGUUACAUGGGAUAUGGCACUUAAAUGAUCCUUUUUUUAUUCAUUGUUUCUGUUUUUCAUCAUUUACAUUUUAGCCAUUUUUAACAUGUAUUUUUAUAUUGUCCUUGUGUAUGUAUGUAUGUAUGUGUGUUUGAAGGGUUGAUUGAAAGAGCAUGUAAGAGAACAUUUAAAAAAGGAGAUUAAUGUGUGGAAACAUCUAUAAAGUUGUCAGAUUUUUUUUAAACUGAAAAGAGUCAAGUCAUUUUAUAUUCUUUUGACCCUCCCUUUUUUUUUUUUUUUUUUUAAGAAAGGGAGGAGAUGAAAAUGAUUGUGCAAACAAUAAUUUGUUUACCAGGUACUAUUUGGUAGUGUGUUUUUGAAUUAUUAUUUUUUUUAAUACCAACUACUAUAUCAACUGUUCUUUUUUUUUAUGCAAUUAUAUUCAAUAUUAUCCAUUGGGAGUUACUGUGUGUAUAUAUAGAGAAUGUGUUCAUUCUGAAAAAAAGGGAAGGAUUGGCUUGUGGUGCAGUUGAAAUAUGAUUUUAUUUUUAUUUUUUUAUGUAUUAAAAGGCAACAUUAGGGAUCAGAAUAAAGGUUGUUAACAUAUUGCUAAGCCAUUUAAUCACUGACAUCCAAGAUGCCAUCUGUGUCCAGUUAGCAGCCAGAUGAAUGGCUGGUCCUACAUGUAUAAUCCUUGUUGUAACCCAUUAUAUGUCUUUGGAAAAUAACACAGUUCUCAAUAUUAUUAUGUGUAACUUCUUUCGCUUCUACUUAUUAUUAACUACUCUUUAAGAUGACUUUGCUGUAUCAACACUCAUUCAUCGAACGUAACUGUUUCUCCUAAUAUGAACAAUAAAAGAUUUCUGGAACA